AUGAUCAAACUGACCAGCCCGUUCCUCUGCUGUCUCUGGCUCGGCUUGGUCUGCGGAGGCUUCCUAGAACAUGACCAGAAUGUUUUGGUGCCACAUGACUGGAGGGACGCGGGCUGGGUUCGGCCUGAGGAGGAGCUCUUGCUGACGUUUGCCCUAAAGCAGCAGAAUGUGCCUCUCCUGGAGACCAUGCUCAUGAAGCUUUCAGACCCAGACUCUGCUCUCUACGGCAAACACUUGAGCUUGGAGGAGGUGAGCAGCCUGGUGCGUCCGUCCACAGAGACUCAGAAAGUGGUUCUGAGCUGGCUCCAGACCCACGGCAUCAGAGGCUGUCACUCUGUCCACACGCAGGACUUUCUCCAGUGCUCCAUGAGUGCAGAACAGGCACAGAGGCUGCUUCCAGGGACCAGGUUCCACAGAUACGUCAGGAAAAACCAUUCUGUCGUGAGAUCCUCUGCUCCGUAUUCUGUUCCUGAUGAGGUUCACCCACACCUGGACUUUGUUGGAGGAGUGCAUCGAUUUCCCCCAAAGGAGCAGGACCUCCCUCUCAGCCCUCCCCAGCCCAAGCCCUCUGAGGUCGGGGUGCACCUGGGAGUCACCCCCUCCAUCCUCCGCCAGCGCUACAACCUGUCCUCCUCCGAUGUGGGCGGGGCCUCCAACAACAGCCAGGCGGUGGCACAGUUCCUGGAGCAGUACUACCACCCUUCUGACCUGUCGGAGUUCAUGAGCAUAUUUGGUGGAAGUUUCCCGCACCAGUCGUCUGUGGAGCGUGUGGUGGGGACGCAGGGCGGAGGGAAGGCCGGGCUGGAGGCCAGUCUGGACGUGGAAUACAUCAUGAGCACAGGGGCCAACAUCUCCACGUGGGUCUUCACCAACGCAGGGCGUCACGAGUCUCAGGAGCCGUUCCUGCAGUGGAUGCUUCUGCUCAGUAACAUGUCGGCGCUGCCCUGGGUCCACACGGUCAGUUACGGAGACGACGAGGACAGUCUUUCCUCCGCCUACAUGAGCCGCAUCAACACUGAGUUCAUGAAGGCAGGAGUCCGCGGCAUCUCUCUGCUCUUCGCUUCUGGCGACAGUGGGGCCGGCUGUCGUCACAUGGGGAAAGAAAACUCAUUCAGACCCAGUUUUCCUGCAUCAAGCCCCUACGUAACCACAGUCGGAGGAACAUCUUUUAAAAAUCCUUUCAAAAUGUCCUACGAGGUCACAGACUACAUCAGCGGUGGAGGCUUUAGUAAUGUUUUCAAGAUGCCAGACUACCAGGUCAGUGCGGUGGACUCCUACCUGAAAGCAGCAGGCUCCGUACUCCCCCCUCAGUCGUACUACAGCCCCACUGGCAGAGCGUAUCCGGACAUAUCGGCUCUGUCUGAUAACUACUGGGUGGUCACCAACAAGAUUCCGAUCCCCUGGGUUUCUGGGACCUCGGCCUCUACUCCAGUCGUGGGAGGUAUGCUGGCGCUCAUUAAUGAUCAAAGACUUCAAAAAGAUCUUCCCGUUUUGGGUUUCCUCAAUCCUCGUCUCUAUAAACUCCAAGGAAUCGGCCUCUUUGAUGUGACUGACGGCUGUCACUUGAGCUGCUUGGAUGAGGAGGUCCAGGGGAAGGGCUUCUGUGCAGCCCCCUCCUGGGACCCUGUGACAGGGUGGGGGACACCCAACUACCCUGAACUACUGACAGCGCUCUUACAGUGA